AGUUUAGUAAACAAAAAAACACAACAAUAUGUCAUGUGGCAGUUGGCACUACGUGGCAGCUUUAUCACCAUCACGUAAUUAUUGAAAAGCCAAAAUUUUUAUAAAAAAAAUUAAUCUCUAUUUUGAUAAUAAUUCACAACAAAAUAUUGGUAGUUUUAGUUGAUAAAUUAAAAUAAAAUAUGCCAGAAAAACGUAAAAAUAUGGGAACACUUAGAGCACUAAUUCUUGUUGGUGGUUAUGGAACCAGAUUAAGACCAUUGACACUGAGUAGACCAAAACCACUCGUUGAAUUUGCCAACAAACCCAUGUUGUUACAUCAAAUUGAAGCAUUGGUUGAUUCAAAUGUAACUGAAAUUAUAUUGGCAGUAUCAUAUAGAGCUGUAGAAAUGGAACAAGAAUUAUCAAUUGAAGCUGAAAAACUUGGUGUUAAUUUAAUAUUUUCACAUGAAAAUAAACCACUUGGUACUGCUGGACCAAUAGCACUUGCACAUAAAAUAUUAUCAACAAGUGAUGAGCCAUUUUUUGUAUUAAAUUCUGAUAUAAUAUGUGAUUUUCCAUUUAAAAAACUUUAUGAAUUUCAUAAAAAACAUGAAAAAGAAGGUACAAUUGUUGUAACACAAGUUGAAGAACCAUCAAAAUAUGGUGUUGUUGUUUAUAAUGAUAAUGGAAAAAUUAAUAAUUUCAUUGAAAAACCACAAGAAUUUGUAUCAAAUAAAAUAAAUGCUGGAAUUUAUAUAUUAAAUCCAAGUGUAUUAAAUAGAAUUGAACUUAGACCAAUGAGUAUUGAAAAAGAAGUAUUUCCAGGUAUGGCUAAUGAUGGACAACUUUAUGCUAUGGAAUUACCUGGUUUUUGGAUGGAUGUAGGACAACCAAAAGAUUUUCUUACAGGAAUGUGUCUUUAUUUAUCAUCAUUACGAGAAAAAUCACCAGAUAAAUUACACAUUGGUGAUGGAAUUGUUGGAGAUGUUUUAGUUCAUCCAACAGCUAAAAUUGGUAAAGAUUGUAGAAUUGGUCCAAAUGUUACAAUUGGUCCUAAUGUUGUACUUGCUGAUGGUUGUUGUAUAAAACGUUCUACAAUUCUUAAAUCAGCAACAAUUAAAGAACACGCUUGGCUUGAUGGAUGCAUAGUUGGCUGGCGAAGUACUGUUGGUCGUUGGGUAAGAAUGGAAGGAAUAACUGUUCUUGGUGAAGAUGUCAUUGUCAAAGAUGAAUUGUACAUUAAUGGAGGUCAAGUAUUACCUCAUAAAAGUAUUGCAAAUUCAGUUCCAGAACCUCAAAUUAUCAUGUAAUAAUUAUAUUUUAAUUAUAUAAACGAUAAAAAUAUAAUAAAUAUAAAUAAACAAAUAAA